UUGUUUAAUAUCGUCGAUAGCGCGCAGUAUUGUACAACACGUUACACACAGCUGUCCGGGAGUACUAACGAAAGCGUCGAAUAAGUAGUAAAAUUCUCCGUGCGAUAAGUGUCAACCCGAUUUCUCCUUGGUGAACCAACGCCAGCCAACGUGGGCUGACGUGGGAAAGUGGCUGUGUUUGCAAAAAUGAGGGAGGCCGUGAUUAUGUUAAUAAGCACCGUGCUAACGUGUGCUGUUAUUGGUAAUGCAUAUUAUCAGAGAAAACAAUUCUAUCCUACGGUGGUUCACAUAACCAAAUCCAACCCGAGUAUGACCGUGAUCUACGCGCAAGGAUUCAUCCUUGCUUUCAUGAUGAACGCCUUCUUGCGAAAGGUUUUCUUCGGCACCCUGCGCGCUGCCGAGCUUGAGCACUUGGUGGAGAAAGUGUGGUACGCAGUGACAGAAACAUGCUUGGCAUUCACGGUAUUCAGAGAUGACUUCAGCCCAAAGUUUAUAGCAUUAUUUACUCUCCUUUUGUUUUUAAAAUCAUUUCAUUGGCUUGCAGAAGACCGUGUUGAUUAUAUGGAAAGAAGCCCAGUGAUAACGUGGUUAUUCCACCUUAGAGUUGGCACAUUAUUAGGACUUUUAUUCGCUAUUAAUUUAACAAUGAUACAUUAUGCAUACAACACAACAGCUGCCAAAGGUCCUUCUGUGCAGCUAGUAUUUGGUUUUGAAUAUGCAAUUUUGUUAACUGUUGUUUUUAAUAUUGCUGUAAAGUAUAUAUUACAUACCAUUGAUCUGCAAAGUGAAAAUCCAUGGGACAAUAAGCCAGUGUUCUUGUUGUACACAGAACUGAUUAUUGGGUUGUUAAAGGUCAUUCUGUAUGUUGCCUUUGUGACAUUGAUGAUCAAAUUAUUUACAUUACCUCUGUUUGCACUGCGUCCCAUGUAUUAUACAAUGCGAGACUUUAAGAAAGCUUUCCAUGAUAUUGUAAUGUCUCGAAGGGCUAUUAGAAAUAUGAAUACACUUUAUCCAGAUGCAACAACUGAGGAAUUAGCUGCUGCUGAUAAUGUUUGUAUUAUAUGCCGGGAGGAGAUGGUUGCAGCUAGUAAAAAGCUACCCUGUAAUCACAUCUUCCAUACUGCUUGUUUACGUUCGUGGUUUCAACGUCAACAAACUUGCCCGACGUGUCGUUUGAAUAUUUUGCGACCAGCAGCAAGCAAUUCAACGCCUAGACAACAUAAUCCUCCUCAAGGACCUCCAGGACCACAAGUACCUCAGCCUCAACAAGCACCUGCUGGAGUCAACCCUCUUGGACCAGCGCCUCCUUUCCACUUUCCAGUAUUUUGGGCUGGGUUACCAGGACCAGGGGCGCCACCUCAACAACAACAGCAGCAACAACAGCAGCAGCAGCAGCAGCAGCAACAAUCUCAACAACAACAACAGCAACAACAGCAACCUCAAAAUAAUGGAGCUGGAAGUACCUCACCACCUCAAAUCAUAUCUCCUGGGAAUAUACCGCUUCUUCCACCGCUAUUUCCUACUUUGGUACCAUUUCCACCAAUUCCUGUACCACCACCGAAUUUAACUGAACUGAGCGAAGAGGAACUUCAAGCGAUGGAGGGUAAUUUACGGCAGGCUGUUCAAGCGAGAAUACAAACAUUGCAAAGAAUUCAACUUCUACUGGAUGCUGCUAACGCGAUGAUGAAUCAGUAUCAGAGAGCAGCUGCUACAGCCAAUAUCCCCAUGCACACUACAAGCAACGCCGACGAUACGUCAGAAACGUCAAAUAUGUCUGCGAUGACCAAAUCGCAGACGGCCAGUGCGGCAGAUGCGAGCGCUGAUGUGAAUGCCGAAAAUACACCUACUAAGGCAGAUAAUGCUCCUACUCCGAGCACGUCAAAGGAGGACAUUCCUUCUCCGAGUACGUCAAAGGAAAACACAUCGAUGCUUAGUAAUACGUCAGAUUUAGAAUUUAGGACUGAGACGGAAUCCUCGAGCGAGCAGGAAAUGCUGCGCAAACGCAGAUUACAAAAGUUCUCGGCUCAGCCAACGACGGAAUAAAUAAAGAUGAAAUUGUGUGAUAAAUCAUGUAACAUAAUAGUCUUUAAUUUGCUUAGUGAUCGGCCUCAAUUACGCGACGGACCGAUAUGACAAUUGAGGAUCGUGAUAACCGACGAGAGGAUUCUUUUAAACAAUAAUUCCGAAAUCGGUCGUACGGAUUGAGCGCAAAUAAACUUUACGUGUAUGUAAACGAUCUUCUAGCGACUGUUAAAUCCAAGAUGUAGUAACAACUGAGACUGAAAGCUCGAACGUCGAAACCACAAACUGAAGCCACGAUGUCGACACAAUCAUAAUCAGAAAAGCGGAAGAAUGAUUUUAUAGGAACGACAUGAUUGAUGUCUUUCUUUUUGUAAACUAUCACGAAUACAAAGUACGGAAAAUUAGUUCUUUUGGUAUUCUA